AUGAAGUUAAGACACUCGCUUAUUGGUGAAUAUGAAAAAGCCCAAUUAUUAAGAGAAGAUAUUUCAGUUUCUGAACAAGCCCAACAAGUUUUAGAAGAAGUCAAUAAAGUUCAAUCGCAAAUCUUACAGCAAUUACAAGCCAUUCAGAAAGAAUUAAAAACUAAUCUCUCUGAAGUAGAAUCAGCCUUACCUCCCUCAACCCCACCUCCAAAACCUUCGACUACCACUGCCAUCGAAGUUAUUAAGAAGCAUAGUAAACAUGAGGCUCAACAAAAUCCUACUCCUACCAAUAAAAAGGCUACUCAAUUAGCCCAAAAGCAAGUUCAGGAAGAAGCAAAAGAAAUUAAAAAAGCUGAGCAAACCCUCUGUCAAGCCCAAGAAGAAUUAUUUUUCUUAGAAAAAAAGCAAGAACUUGAAGAAGCCUUAGAAGAAAAGGAAAAGAACUCAAAGAAAAUCAAUCUGAAGAAAUUAACCUCUAAUGAUAACAAAUUCAAGCCCAAUCUCAACAAGCUUUAG